CAUCAACUCGAGCAGCUUGCGUGUGCACUGCACUCUGGCUGCGCGCUUCGCCGGCGUGGCUGAGGGCACUCGGGCCGGAAUGAGCGGCAUGCGGGGAGGGGCUCCGCGGAAAGACGCACCAGCACGCCAGCCGAGCGUUCCUGCAUGGCAGCAGGAGCGGAGUCACCGUGACACGCGCGCGCAGCAGGCAACACCUCCUGCUGCGCGCCCGAUACGCCAGCCACACCCGCCGCUGGCCACGCUGCGGCGCAUUGCCAGAGCGUGAGGGCCGGCCGGUGCAUCUCUCUCCUCCAGACCACAUCCAUCCCGAGCAAGAGCGUCGUCCCCCAAGCAUGCAGUGCCCGCAGGACGCGGCCUUUGGCCCGUCGUCGACGUGCCGCACCUUCGACUUCACGCUGCGCUUCUCCAACCUCGUGCUGCUCCUCACGCCCUCCGUCGUGCUGCUGGCCGCGGCGCUGGUGCGCGUGCCGCUGCUGCUGCGCAAGCCCGACUUGGCGCCCGGCCGCGCGGAUUCCAUCGGCGCCGUGCGCACCGCCCUCGCUGCCGUCCAUGCCGUCUUCUCGCUCGCCGUGCUGGCGCUUGUGCUGCAGCGCGAUGCGCUCAAGGAGGCACUCGACGCGGACAGCAUCGUGCCGGGCGUCGCGCUCGCCUUCCUCGCGUCUCUCGCAAUCGUGCCCGGCUCCAUGCUUGAGCGCCGCAAGACGGCACGCGGCACAGCCUGGCUGCCCGUCUGGCUCUUCGCCUCCUGCCUCUUCGACGCCUCGCGCGUGCGCACCUUCUCGCGCGUGCCGGCAAUUGAGAGCUCGCCGCUCUUUGCGCUUGCCAUCGUCGGUCUGAUCUGCAAGGCAGGCAUGCUCGCGGCCGAGAACACGAGCGGCGUGCCGCGCGACGGCACCGCAGAGUCGCGCGCCAGCUUCCUCUCGCAACUGCUCUUCCUCUGGCUUUGGCCGACGAUCUGGCGCGGCUUCCGUGCUCCGCUGCAGCUGUCCGACCUCGACGACCUCUCGUUUGACUUCAAGGGCUCGCUGCUCGGGCGCCGCAUUGCGUCCGUCUGGCAGCCGGGCACCAAUCACGGCGCAACGCAACGCCGGCGCUCGUGGCGGCCGUGGCCGUCUGAGAAGACGAGCGCGCCGCAGGACUUCGAGAUGGACGAGCACGAAGCAGACACGCCAGAGCUGCGCUCCAACGCGAGCAUCGAUCCGCCUCGCGGCCUGCUCUGGGUCUGCGUGCUCUCCUUCCCGGGCGCAGUGCUGGCACCGGCAGUGCCGCGCCUCAUCAUGGUCGCUGCGACGCUAGCACAGCCGUAUCUGGUCAGCGCAACCCUGACAUUCGCCGAGAGCUUCCAAGAAGGCGCUGUGCCGCAGUCCACGUCAAAUGGCUGGGGCCUCGUGGGUGCAUACGCGCUCGUCUUCACCGUGCUGGCCUUUAGCACAGGCCAGUACUACUGGCUCUGCGCCAAGGCCAUCGUGAAGCUGCGCGGCGGCCUCAUCGAGCUGCUCUACGCCAAGAGCCUCAAGCUGCACGUCGAGGCGGCCAAGCGCUCGGGCGGCGGUGCGGCUGCCAAUCUCAUCUCCGUCGACCUCGAGCGCUUCGUCAAGAUUGUCGACCCUGUCCACAACCUCUGGUCCAGCGUCGUCAUCGUCGCAGUCGGCCUCUACAUCCUCUACUCGCAGAUCGGCGCCGUGUUCAUUGCCACGCUUCUCGCAAUCGCCUUCAACCUGGCGCUGACGCCUAUCGCCUCGUCGUGCGGCACGAACAUCACCGCGCUGCAGGGCAACUGGAGCGCCAAGACGGAUGCGCGAGUGAACCUGCUUGAGUCUGCCGUGCGCGAUGCCAAGGGCGUCAAGUUCGCGGCGUACGAGGAGGCCAUCGAGAAGAAGCUGCUCGCUGCCCGCGAUGAGGAGAUCACAUGCGCAAAGGGCUACCUCAAGCGCCUGCUGAUCGUCAUUACCUCGUCGAACUUCAACGUCGAGAUCAUGUCCCUAGCGACCUUCACGGCGCUCGGCAUCGUCGACCUGCUCUCCGGCUCGCGGCGCUUCACCCUCAACACCGUCUUCACGUCGCUCACGACGAUCGCCAUUCUCGAGGUGCCCCUCAUGCAGAUGGGCCAGCAGUACGCCAGCAUCAUCAGCGCCUACGCCAGCAUCAAGCGCAUCGAGGUCUUCCUCCGCGAGAAGGAGCGUCCCUCGGCGGCGGGCACAAACAUGCGUCCCGAGUCAGCCGCGUCGCUGAGCACCAGCCGUGAUCACAAGACGCGGCCUUCCGUCGACUCCAACACCUCGAUCGAAGUCGAGAGCGCCCCGGCCGCCACGUUCAAGGAGGCCACGAUCGGCUGGGCCGGCAAGCCUGUGCUCACCAACGUGGCACUGACGAUCCCGCGUGGUCGUCUCACCAUGGUCUGCGGACGCAUCGGCUCGGGCAAGAGCACGCUGCUGCUCGGCCUGCUCGGCGAGGCAGACGUGCUGAGCGGCGAGUCGCAGCUGCCGAUGCUUGCGCGUCCAGUCGCCUUCUGCGCGCAGGACAACUGGAUGAUGGAGGGCGCCUCGAUCCGCGACAACAUCUUGUUCGACGGGGCCUGGGACGCAGAGCGGUACCAGACUGCGCUGCGUGCGUGCUGCCUCGACGUCGACGUGCUGCAGCUUGCUCAGCGCGACCGCACACUGGCCAAGGCGCUCUCCGGAGGUCAACGCCAGCGUGUCUCACUGGCACGUGCACUGUAUGCUGACGCUGAGGCGUACGUGCUCGACGACGUCACGAGUGCGCUUGACGCAGAGACGGCGGCGGCGCUCUGGCGAAACCUCAUGGGCCCUCAGGGCCUCUUGCGCGGCAAGACCAUCGUCAUGGCUUCGAACGCUUUGCAUCUCCUGCCUUCUGCCGACUUCAUCGUGCGCCUCGAGGAAGGCAAGGUCGCCGAGUCUGGCCGCUUCGAGGACCUCUCGGUCAAGGGCAAGCAGGCGAUCUCGCGCGCUUCGAUCGACACAGAGCGGGCAACGGCAGGCGACGGCUCCAAGGCGCCCGCCAAGGCCGUCGCCGAGGAGCAGGAGGACGAGGUCGAGGCGAUGGAGAGCGGCAACGUGGCGUGGUCGGCGUACUACACCUGGUUCGGCGCAAUGGGCUGGCGCUGCGUGGCGCUCAUCGUCGUAGGCACGGUCUUCCACAAUGCCGCCAUCAUGGGCGUGCCCAUCUGGCUGCAGCAGUGGGCACGCGACAACGACGCGCAGCCCAACGUCAACUUGGCGCGCAACGCCUGCGUGUUGCUCGCUAUCAUCGCCGUGAUUGCGAUCGCCCUGCCCGUGCAGCUGUACGUUCUUUUCGUCACCGCCGUCGGCCGCGCCGGCCGGGCACUGCACGCUCGGCAGCUCCACUCUGUGCUGUACACGAGCAUGGCCUUCUUCUCGGCCAACCCGGCCGGACGCAUCAUCAACCGCUUCUCGCAGGACCUCUUCACCGUCGACUGGGAGCUCGGCAUCGCUGUUGGCAACUUCAUGAGCUGCUCCGCUCAGCUCCUGGGCUACGUCAUCAUCCUCUGCGUUCCCGCGCCAUACCUCGUCGCCGUGUUCGCUGGCUUGACGGCCUUCUACUACGCUCUGCAGCGGCUGUACAUGCCAGCCUCGCGGCAGCUGCGGCGCCUCGAGAUGGCGUGCAAGUCACCGCUCAUCACUAGUCUCGCCGAGGCGUCCUCCGAGUCUGGCCUCGCCACUGUGCGCGCACUGGGCCGUGAGCGCAAGCUCAGGGCGAUCAUGACAACGCGCCUCGAUUCGUCGCAGAAGCCAUACCUGGCGCUGUGGGCCGUCCGACACUGGCUGAGAACGUACCUGAAUCUCAUCAGCGGCAUCGUCAACUGCGCGCUCGUGAUCCUCGUGGUGGUGCUGCGCCAGUCAACCUCGAUCGGCAUUCUCGCCGUCGCCCUCGUGCAGGCCACGCAGCUGCCGACCAUCUUGAACCAAGUCCUGCUCUCGUGGACCGACGUCGAGAUCCUCAGCAUCGCGCUCGAGCGCAUCCACGGCUACUCGAUCCUCGAGCCCGAGGAGAGCCCUGCCAAGGCGGCGCGUGCGCAUCUCAAGCCGGAGGAGCUGCGCGGCAACAUCUCGGUGCGCGACCUCACCGUCUCAUACACGCCCGAGGCAGCACCUGCCAUUCAGGGCCUGAGCUUCGAGGUGGCGGCGGGCACGCGGCUCGGCGUCGUCGGUCGUUCGGGCAGCGGCAAGAGCACGCUGCUGCUGGCGCUCUUCCGCAUGCUCGAGGCGCAGAGGCCCGGCUCCGUGCUGCUCGACGGCACGCCGAUCGACGAGCUCAACGUGCACUCGCUGCGCUCGUGCCUGAGCAUCAUCCCGCAGCAGCCGCUCAUCCUCGCCGCCUCGGUGCGCGACAACCUCGACCCCGACGGCGAGCGCGCGGAUCCGCAGCUGUGGGAUGCGCUCGUCAAGACGAAGCUCGACGGCUUCGUGCGCGCCCUGCCGCAGGGCCUCGACACGAUGCUCCUCUCUGCCGAGGGCACGCUGAGUGCGGGCCAGAAGCAGCUCUUCUCGCUUGCGCGUGCGGUGCUUCGGCAACGUAAGGUGCUCGUGCUGGAUGAGGCCACCUCGUCGCUGGACCACCAGACCGACGUCGAGUUCCAGGAGUGCCUGCGGGACCACUUCGACGGCGUCACGAUCAUCGCCGUGGCGCACCGCAUCGUCACGGUGCGCCACUUCGACCGCAUCCUCGUGAUGGCCAACGGCCGUGCGCUCGAGUAUGAUGCGCCCGAUGCCCUGAUGGCCCGUCCGGACAGCGCCUUCCGCGCGCUCGCCGUGGAGCAGCGUGUCGCCUGAGUCCGCACUCUGCCUUAUCGCUCUGUAUCGCUCGUGUCCGCAAUCGCACCUCUUGUCACCUCACGUCAGACGUGCCUCAGGCGCGGGAAGAAGCAGUCAUCGCAUUGCCUCACGGGCCGAGGCCCGCCGGAGCGGACAGGGAGCGAGAGAGGAGCAGCGGACGACACGCUUCAG